AUGCACCAUGCAUACACCGGAGGAGAACUGUUCCUCGGAACAUGCGGCAGUGAAGGAGUCGGGGGAGUCGGCAUUCUCGUCAACACGAGUUUCUCGAUGGACGUCGAUUCAUUGGAACAACUUACAACCCGAAUCGUACGCUUACGAUUAAAAAGACGUGGAUCAAUUCCGGCUUUGGCAAUCUUCGUCGUUUACGCGCCGACAUCAAACUAUGACGAAGAAGAAGUCGAAGCGUUCUAUAUGGACUUGGAUAAGUUCUACAGAGAAGACCACGCAAUCUUCGAGGUCAUCAUUAAAGAUUUCAACGCCAAAAUUGGAGCAAGAAGAACAUCUGAAAAACGUCACAUUGGGACCCACAGAUGA